UCUAAGUUCGGGGCUGCCGGCGCCCGAGCUUCCUCCUCCCGGAGGCGGGCCCGACCCCGCCCCGCGCCCCGGGUCGCUCCCGGCGGUCCCUCCCACCUCGUCCCGCGGCCUCCCCGGCGCGACGCACUCCCCGGCGCCCGCAGCCCGACACGCCGCGCGGCCCCCCAGUCUCCCGCGGCUGCGCCCCCCAGGCAUGGCCCAGGGCCUCCCCUCACUAUGGCAGCAGCUCGGCACAGCACGCUCGACUUCAUGCUCGGCACCAAAGCUGACGGCGAGACCAUUCUAAAAGGCCUGCAGUCCAUUUUCCAGGAACAGGGCAUGACUGAGUCGGUGCACACCUGGCAAGACCAUGGCUAUUUGGCGACAUACAUCAGCAAAAAUGGCAGCUUUGCUAAUUUGAGAAUUUACCCACAUGGAUUGGUGUUACUGGACCUCCAGAGUUACGACGGCGAUGGACACGUCAAAGAAGACAUUGACAGUCUUUUGAACAAAGUCGAAGAAAGAAUGAAAGAACUGAGUCAGGACUGUACUGAGCGUGUGAAGCGAUUACCACCCAUAGUUCGAGGUGGUGCCAUAGACCGAUACUGGCCCACUGCUGAUGGCCGCCUGGUCGAGUAUGAUAUAGAUGAAGUGGUGUAUGAUGAAGAUUCACCUUAUCAGAACAUUAAAAUCCUACACUCGAAGCAGUUCGGGAAUAUCCUCAUCCUUAGUGGGGAUGUCAAUUUGGCAGAGAGUGAUCUGGCAUAUACCCGAGCCAUCAUGGGCAAUGGCAAAGAAGAUUACACUGGCAAAGAUGUCCUGAUUCUGGGAGGUGGCGAUGGAGGCAUAUUAUGUGAAAUAGUCAAACUGAAACCAAAGAUGGUCACAAUGGUGGAGAUUGACCAAAUGGUGAUUGAUGGAUGUAAGAAAUUCAUGCGAAAAACGUGUGGUGAUGUCUUAGACAAUCUUAAAGGAGACUGCUAUCAGGUGCUCAUAGAAGACUGUAUUCCAGUACUGAAGAGGUACGCCAAAGAAGGGAGGGAGUUUGACUAUGUCAUUAACGACUUGACGGCUGUUCCCAUCUCCACGGCGCCAGAAGAAGAUUCCACCUGGGAAUUUCUCAGACUGAUUCUUGACCUCUCCAUGAAAGUACUGAAACAAGACGGGAAAUAUUUUACACAGGGCAACUGUGUGAAUUUGACCGAAGCCCUGUCGCUCUAUGAAGAACAGCUCGGGCGCCUGUAUUGUCCUGUGGAAUUCUCAAAGGAAAUCGUCUGUGUCCCUUCAUACUUGGAAUUGUGGGUAUUUUACACUGUCUGGAAGAAAGCUAAACCUUGAAGAGCUCGACCUUCGAAUCGUGUGCUGCAAAAUAGCCUUCCUGACCUUCCUGCGCUGUAUAUGCCAUCAAAAUGAAUUAGGCAAUUGAUGGUCAAUUCCUUCAAGUUUUUUUUAAUUAUUAUUUUUAAUUUAAAAAGAACCAAUGGAAAAAAUGUAUAUUUUGAUGACCUAGGGUGUUGUUUUUUUGAAAGUCAGCUGAAGGAUGAUUCAGCAGCACAGCAAAGGCUGCUCCAUGCACUGAACCCCUAGAAUGUGAUUUUUGUUACUUUUGUUCUGCGUGGAUUUGUUUGUUGUUGUUGUCGUGUUUUUUUUUCCUCUUUGUUUUGAUAGACUUCAAAUUCAGCUGUUCGGAGGAAUGAGCAUCGUUUUUAUUCUGGAGGGAAGUUCUUGAUGGUGUUACCCCCCACCCCCCCAAAUUGACUUAGAUGUUACAAUUUGGUGCUUUUAAGAAAGAUUUUAAAAACUGAAUAGCAGUGCUUCAAUUAAAAUUA